CCGUCUACCUUCUCUGCUCGUCAUUUUCAGUCCUCAUGGCGGAUUCAAAUCCUCCGACUUCGCGUCCGGCCCAAGGGCGCAGAUUUAGACUUCGAUAUUUGGCUGGGACUCUCGUGUUAUUGGCGUCAGCAAUCAUCGCAUUCAUUUCGAACAAUGGAGCGGAAGCUCCAUCUGUGCAAGAGUAUUACAGCUCGCUUGAAUCGAGGCUUGGAUAUUGGUUGCUGCUAGGCAACACUAGGCAUUGCGGUCUCUAUGAGAAAGGCCAGCUCUCCCCGUUCCCGGUAUCCAAGGCGCAGCGGGCAAUGGAAGAGAAGCUCUACACACGCCUAGACCUCAAACCUGGAUCGAAAGUCAUGGAUGCCGGCGCGGGCUCUGGCUACGUUGCCAUGUACAUGGCGCGCAAAGGCCUGAACGUUCAAGCGAUCGACAUAACGCCUCACCACAUUACCGAUGCUCGCAAGAAUGUCAAGAAGAACGGGCUCGAGGACAAGAUAUCCGUCGACUAUGCUGACUACCACAAUCUCACUGCGUUCCCGGACGCAUCGUUUGAUGGGAUUUACACGAUGGAAACCUUCGUUCACGCCGACGAUCCAGCCAAAGUCCUCGGAAACUUUUACAGGCUGUUGAAGCCUGGUGGCGUCAUCGUGCUGCACGAGGCGGAUUUCAGCCGCAAUUCGGAAGUGCUCCAAGACGUAUUGAGGCUGUCGCAUUGCCAGAAUACGCUCAAAGAGGGAGGGUACGAGGAGUUGGUCGCCGGCGCCGGCUUCAAGGACUACUCGCUCGACGACUUGACGGAUGAGGUGCUUCCGCUUUGGAGGCUGUUUGGCGUGGUUGGAUACCUGCCAUAUCAGAUCUUCAAGCUUCUCGGUAUUCAGCACAAGUUCACCAAUGUCAUGGCUGGCGUGGAGACUUGGCUGAACUGGGGAGAUGGGCGGUACAUCUCCGUGAGGGCGGUGAAACCCUGAUCUUAGGAGAAGGGGUAUGGAGGUUUGCCACUGUUGGAUGUGUACGGUAGGGAUCGCAGGAUUAGGAGUGCGCCGGAUUCGGGUAUGUAGCCAGUUUGCAGUGGAAUGCCACUAUUAGAGCCUAGGUAUAAUGCAAUCCCGAGAUUGUAGCUUCAUGAUUUCCGAAACGGCGGGUCUCUGCCGAACGAGAAUUCGACCGGUCGAAGAGGCGACCGAAUUGAUGGGAGGCUGUCAAGUGUCGGAUUUGUUGAAAGCAGCUAUGAAGAUGGCCUGGAUAUGAGAGACAGUGUCGGUCACGGAGCCCCGGAUGGAUGUGUACCCGUGGACCUAGGUAUGAUAGGAUUGGGGCUAAGCCGAAUGCGGCAUCGUUGA